AUGGCCGGGCGCCUUAAGGAGGCCAGCCGAUGCCCGGUCUGCCUGAAUUACCUUGAAAACCCCGUGAACCUGAAGUGCGGAUACAUCUGCUGCCUCCAGUGCGUCCCCUCACUGCCCAAGGAGCCCCGCGGGGAUGGCGUUUUGUGCCUCGGCUGCUCCAAGGUUUCUCAGAAGGGUGACAUCAGGCCCAACAGCCAGCUGGGCAGGCUGGUGUCCAAGGUCAAGGCCCUGGAGCCCCAGCUGAGAACCAUCCUGCAGAUGAACCCGAGGAUUCGCAAGUUCCAAGUGGACAUGACCUUGGAUGUGCACACAGCCAACAACUACCUCAUCCUUUCUGAGGACCUGAGGCGGGUCUCCUGUGGCUAUUUCGAGCAGAGGCGCCUAGUCCACCCCGGGAGAUUCAACUGGGCCAUCUGUGUCCUGGGCUCCCCGCGGUUCGCCUCUGGUCGCCAUUACUGGGAGGUGGAUGUGGGGACCAGCAGGGAGUGGAGUUUGGGCGUCUGCACGGAGUCUGCUCCCCGGCAAGGGGAGGUCCUCCUGUCUUCAGAACGCGGCUUCUGGACUGUGAGCUUCAGGGACAAGGACCUGUUCUCGGCCAGCACCGAGCCCUUCACGGUGCUGCUGGUGAGCCCCCACUUACACCGCGUGGCCAUCUUCCUGGAUGUGGAGAUGGGGACCGUCUCCUUUUACCACGUGGGCGAUGGGUCCCAUGUGUUCACAUUCCCUAAAAUUUCUGCCUCGGAGCCACUGUGCCCAUUCUUUGGGCCUGCGAACCCGGCGAUGGAUGAUGGGAGCUGCCUGACCAUCUGUCCUGGGUGA